CCUGGGAGAUGCUCAUAGGCCAUCGCCUGAGACGGCAGCCCUGGUGGAGGACAUUGUGCACGCGCAGCUUAUCACCAUGGUAACGCACUGGUAUAGCCACAUGCACGUAUAUAUAAAUGUUAUAUCGCGUGUCUUACAUUUGCCCUACAAAAUGUUUUCCUUUCUAAAAUGUUUCAAUUUUGUUUUUCUCCCCCCCCCCCCCCCCAAAAAAAGCAAUCACGAAAAGAAGGUCCAAGAUUUAAAAAUGAAUGCAUUGAGACAUUGUGACUCAGUGUUGCCCCAGGACGGACAGACUGCUACUGCGAGACACGACUCACCUUUUGAUUUUGCACUUUUCAAACGCAACAUUUGGACAUGAAAAAACAAACACAUUUUUUUCAAACAAUUGAAAACUCCCAAAAAUAAAUAAAUGAAUUUCCCCCCUCCUCCAAAAUGUUACUUUUUCUGAAAAGUCAGACCCCCCCCCAAAAAAAACUGUCUUUUAAAAAAAAUGUUUUAAUUGGAAAAAUAUAACUGGGUUCUAAAAAAAAAUAAAAAUACUAAGUUUUUUUUCUGCUUUUUCAAGGAAAACAUUUUCUUGAAAGCGAUUUGACUUUUAGCACACACACAUCCAGAGGUGGUCCUGGAUGAAAUGGCGGCCCGUGCGACGGCUGUCGAUUGCGAACACACACACACACGCAGAAUGCGGCCUUGGGUGGCUGCCCAUAACGCGCCGAAACUCCAUCAGGCCAGCGAGGGCGCCACACUUCGUGGUUCAAGGGUCAUCGCCGUGGAGGACAUCCUGUUCUUGAUGCGCAGAGACAAGCGGAAGGUGUCGAGGCUGCUGAAGUACCUCCAGUUCCGAGAUUACAAGUCGAAGCUUCUGAAGAGUCUGGAGGACGACGACGCGCAGCAGGAACAAGGGGCGGGGCCGUCGGGCGCGGUCGCCGGGGGCGCCCAGCGGCGUCAGCGCCUGGCCCAGGAUUACCUGCUGUGGUUGGACCACACGGGCGAGCUCCUGUCACUGGCCGAGCGGCAGGAGAUGGACCCCGUCAAGCGAGAGAGGCUGGAGCGUAUGGAGCGCCACAGCAGAGCCAUGGACCAGACGCAGUACGCCGAAUUCUGUGAGAGUCGACAGCUCAGCUUUGCCAAGCAAGCGUCCAAGUUCCGCGACUGGCUGGACUGCAGCAGCCUGGAGCUCAAGCCCAACGGCGUCGCCAUGGAGAUCUUGUCCUACCUGGCCUACGAGACCGUCGCCCAGAUUGUGGACUUGUCUCUGCUGGUGAAGCAGGAAGUGGUGGCAAAGACGGACGCCGUCGCGCACGUCGUCUCGGCCAGCCACAUCCACUACAACACGCACGCUGAGGUCAAGAAGGAAUCGGAUUCCCCCGAGGCCACGCCUCCCUCCACUCCUGGCUCCUCCCACUCAUCCAAGCCCCUCCUCCAAGGCAACGGAAGCGUGGACGGCGGGCGCGCGCGGCAGAGGAAACGCAAAAAGAGCUGUCCUGCCACCGUGGAACCUUCCAGCGGAGCCAUCCAGAUUUGUCACAUCCGAGAGGCCAUCAGAAGAUACAACUACAGACACACCAGCGCCUACAGGAGGAGCGGGAUGUCAUACCUGGCCUGCUGAUCACAACACAUGGAAAACACUUUUUUUCUGUCAGAAACUUUUUGUUUGAAUGUGUAGUAAACAUCACUCGUACGAAAGCUGGCGUUGCCCAAAUAAACUUUAUUGGUCACUAACACAUAAACAGACACUGAGAGCGCAAGACACCCGCUCACUUUGAACGGUGCUUAUCGCAUUUCAAACGUUGGAAAAAGGAUGCGUUCAACGAUGCUCAGUAUUUUUGAGCGCUGUUGACCAGGGCUUCUCGCUCCGUCACAAGUUCUCCGUAUCGCUGCUGGAGUUCCCGUUCUCGAUCCAUCUGACGCUCCAUGUCCUCACGCAACGCCUAAACACAUGCAAAAUUGUGCUUAAAAUGACAAUAAAAUAUAUUUUUCAAAAGA